UAAACUUCGUUUUAUGCCUCACCCUUUUUUGGUGUAGAGACUAGCAAGUUCAUUUUAUAUUAUUAUUAAAAAAAAAAAUGGCGAUGAUGAACAACAUGACAGCAAUAAAAACAUCAUCGGAUGGAGCAUGGCAGGGCCAAAAUCCCCUUAAUUUUGCAUUGCCAUUGUUGAUUGUACAAACCACCCUAGUCAUCGUUGUUAGCCGCUUCUUCGCCUUCCUACUCAAACCCCUUCGACAACCCAAAGUCAUCGCUGAAAUUCUAGGUGGGGUUAUCCUAGGGCCAUCUGCUUUUGGAAGAAAUCAAGAAUACAUGCAAACUAUAUUUCCUGAAUGGAGUGCACCAAUUCUUGAAUCAGUGUCAAGCAUUGGGCUACUCUUCUAUCUUUUCUUGGUCGGCCUUGAGCUCGACUUGUCUUCCCUUCGAAGAAAUGGGAAAAGUGCGUUUUGCAUAGCGGCGGCCGGAAUAUCCCUCCCUUUCGUCUUCGGCAUUGGAAUAACUUUCCUUUUCCGGCGAGUUGUCCAAGGCGCCGAUGAAGUCGGCUUCGCUCCAUACUCGGUCUUCAUGGGAGUUGCUCUCUCCAUCACCGCCUUCCCCGUGCUGGCUCGCAUUCUGGCGGAGCUUAAACUGCUCACCACCGACAUCGGCCAGACCGCCAUGGCCGCCGCCGCCUUCAACGACGUUGCCGCCUGGGUCAUGCUUGCCCUCGCCGUGGCCUUGGCUGGAAACGGAGGAGGCGCCGCCGCCCAUAAAAGUCCUGUCAUUCCCGUCUACGUCUUACUCUCCGGCGUUGCAUUUGUUAUCUUCAUGAUGCUUGUCAUUAGGCCAGCAAUGAAGUGGGUGGCGCGGAGGUGCUCGCCGGAGCACGAAGCGGUGGAGGAGGCGUAUGUUUGCUUGACACUCGCCGGAGUAAUGGUCGCCGGAUUUAUCACUGAUCUCAUCGGAAUACAUUCCAUAUUCGGAGCGUUCGUAUUCGGAUUAACUAUUCCGAAGGGCAGUGUUUUUUCCGAGAGGUUAAUCCUGAGGAUUGAAGACUUCGUGUCGGGGCUAUUGCUUCCAUUGUACUUUGCGUCGAGCGGUUUGAAAACCGACGUGGCUAAGAUAUGCGGCGCGGAGGCGUGGGGACUUUUGGUGCUGGUGAUCACGGCGGCGUGCAGCGGGAAAAUCAUCGGAACUUUUGUGGUGGCGAUGUUGUGUAAGGCUCCGGCGAGAGAGUCGUUAACGCUUGGGUUAUUGAUGAAUACUAAGGGCUUGGUGGAGCUCAUUGUCCUCAACAUUGGCAAGGAGAAAAAGGUGCUUAAUGACGAGGUGUUCGCUAUACUAGUUCUGAUGGCACUGUUCACCACUUUCAUAACCACCCCAACAGUGAUGGCAAUUUACCAGCCUGCCCGUGGGGUCACCGACUAUAGCCACCGGCAGCUACAGUCGCCGCCGUCGUCCUCCAAAGAUGAUGAGCUGAGGGUGGUGGCGUGCCUCCACGGUUCCGGCAACGUCUCCUCGCUCAUCAACCUCGUCGACUUGAUCCGGCCCACCAAGUCGUCCCGCUUCAAGCUCUACGUAAUGCACCUCCUGGAGCUCACCGACCGCUCUUCGUCCAUCGUCAUGCUCCAGCGGUUCCAGAAAAACGGGUUUCCGUUAAUCAGCCGCCUCCUGCCUGGAAGCCGGCGGAGAUUACACGACCUCGUUGCGGUGGCGUUCCGAGCGGGCGGAGUCAGCGUUAGGCCGGCCACCGCCGUAUCGCCUCUGCCGACAAUGCACGCCGAUAUAUGCCGGAUGGCGGAAGAGAAGAGGGCGUUCAUGAUCAUCUUACAGUUCCACAAGCGCUGGGUUGGGAGCCACGGUGGUGAUGGUGAUGGUGAGGUGGUGGAGAAUAUGGGGCAUGGGUGGAGGGGAGUGAAUCAGAUGGUGUUGAAAGAGGCGCCCUGCUCAGUGGCGCUGCUCGUGGAUCGAGGAUUCGGGGAGGCGGCGUUCCUGAAAACUCCUGAAAAAUCAGAUGGUGUUGAAAGAGACGCCGCCGUGGCACAGAGGAUUUGCGUUAUUUUCAUUGGCGGCGCCGACGACAGGGAGGCGUUGGUGUUGGGUGGCAGAAUGGCGGAGCACCCGGCGGUCAGAGUCAAGGUCAUACAAUUUGUUGAAAAACAAGAGGUGGAGAAGAGUGACCUUAAUAAGUGCAAGACUGCUGACCCUGAAAAGGAAAAGGGGGUGGAUGAGAGAGCAAUGGAAGGGUUUUUAAGAAGGUGGGAAGGAGUGGUGGAGUACCAAGUGAAGGAGACAAGCAACAUCAUUAAUGCAGUGUUGACAAUGGGGAGAAGCGGAGAUUACGACCUCCUUGUCGUCGGCAUAGGGCGGUGCCCUUCCAAAAUGGUGGCGGAGUUGGCAGAGAGACCAGCGGAACACCCAGAACUAGGGCCAAUGGGAGACCUGCUGGCCUCCUCCGGCGAAGGUGUUGUGUCGUCAGUUCUUGUCAUACAACAACAACAACACUACAUGGCCCGUGCACCAGAAGUUCACCCGGUCUAAAAUAUAAGUAAAGCACUACGAGAUAUGAUCGCCAUUAUUUUCACUUUAUUGGGGAAGCCUUACCAAUUCGAGCUUGCUAUGAUGAAUCCUGGUGAUCGAUGUUGAAUGCGUUGGUUGAUAUGGAAAUCUCCUGUAAUUCUAUGUAUGAUCAUUUCAUUUCAACAUGUAAUUGAGUAUAUUUCGUUAAACCGUUGUAUUGU